AUGUUUACCACACAACGAAGUGAGAGUAGAAAAGAGAACCACGUAGAUUAUAAGUCUUCCUCUGUAGAUAUCCGAUGUAGCACCCAUUACUUUAUGGAGAAACAAGCUCAAGUUGUUUACACUAUUGCAAAAUUCAAGGAGUUCCAAGAUGAAUUAACAGCGAAGUUAAGUGCAAUUGUUCCAAGUUUGAGUUUAGAGAAAUAUUAUGCAGAUAUGCCAUUUAUGUCUUGA